AUGACUUACAAUUGGUAUGACUGUGAUGAAGAAGUUCAUCCGCAUCAACGACGACCUACAGACAGUCAAUCGUCGUUUCAGCUAACACCUUAUGCUUCUAAUAGUUUACCAUACAGUCCUGGAAGAAUAGUUUCUUAUCAACAACAGCAAUCAUUAUUAUCUAUUCCUCGUCGUCCUCCAGAAAAUAAUACUGAUCCUCAAUUAGAGAAUGAAUUCAAUGAAUGGUUAGAAGCUCAACAACGUCAAAACUAG